AUGCUUACUGGUGACGCUAUCUCUAUCGCUAAGGAGACUUGCAAGAUGCUUGCCCUCGGUACCAAGGUUUACAACUCUGAGCGUCUGAUCCACGGUGGUCUCGCUGGUUCCGCCCAGCACGACCUUGUCGAGAAGGCUGAUGGUUUCGCUGAGGUCUUCCCCGAGCACAAGUACCAGGUCGUCGAGAUGCUCCAGCAGCGUGGUCACUUGACCGCCAUGACUGGUGAUGGUGUCAACGAUGCUCCCUCUCUCAAGAAGGCUGACUGUGGUAUCGCUGUCGAGGGUUCCACUGAGGCUGCCCAGGCUGCCGCCGAUAUUGUCUUCCUCGCCCCCGGUCUCUCCACCAUCGUCGAUGCUAUCAAGCUUGCCCGCCAGAUUUUCCAGCGUAUGAAGGCUUACAUCCAGUACCGUAUUGCCCUGUGUCUCCACCUUGAGAUCUACCUGGUUACCUCCAUGAUCAUCAUCAACGAGACUGUCGACUCUUCCCUCAUUGUCUUCAUCGCCUUGUUCGCUGAUCUUGCCACCAUCGCCGUUGCCUACGAUAACGCUCACUUUGAAGCCCGCCCUGUCGAGUGGCAGUUGCCUAAGAUUUGGGUCAUCUCCGUCGUUCUUGGAAUCUUGCUCGCUGCCGCCACCUGGAUCAUCCGUGGUACUCUCUUCCUCGAGAACGGUGGUAUCAUCCAGAACUUCGGUUCUCCCCAGGAGAUUCUCUUCCUUGAGAUUGCUCUGACUGAGAACUGGCUCAUCUUCGUUACCCGUGGUGGAAAGACCUGGCCCUCGUGGCAGCUGGUCAUUGCCAUCUUCAUCGUCGAUGUGCUUGCCACCCUCUUCGCUGUUUUCGGCUGGCUCGCCCCCGACUGGGAGCAGACCUCUCCCCCUACCCCUGGUGGCCCCGGCUUCUCCAAGAACAACGAUGUUGACAUUGUCACCGUUGUUGUCAUCUGGGCCUACUCCAUCGGUGUGACCAUCAUCAUCGCCGUUGUGUACUACCUCCUGACCAUUGUUCCUGGUCUUGACAACCUUGGCCGCAAGACCCGCUCCAAGGCUGACACCAAGAUCGAGAACAUGAUCGCUCACCUCUCCAAGCUCGCCGUCGAGAUGGAGAAGGACUCCGAAGGAAAGACUCGCUACACCCUCGGUGCUCGUGCCGAGGAGAUCGAGGACAACGAGUAA